GGCCAAUUAUUAUCCAGCAAUCAGGACUAAUAUAAUUGGCCAAUAUAAUUAAAAGUGCGAAUAAAAGUACAGAGCGUAGAAAUAGAGGUCGCUUUGCCGAACUUGCACGGUCCCAAUACGAAAAAAUGCGAUUAAAUUCGAAAAUGCGACCCCUAGAGCCGGCCCUGGCGAUACCCAAUACGCAACACGAAACGCGCAACAGCCAAUACAUAUUGCCACAUCGCCAGUAUGUGUUCCUGUAUGCAUAGGAUUCCUGGAACUUUGUUCACUGACAAAACGGGGCUAAAGCUAAAGGUCGUCCACCCAAAAUCACGCCACGUGCAACAUUCGGUGCAUAUCUUCCCUCAGUGUUUGUUGUGCGAUUCCGAUUCUUUAUAUUUUGUAGAAAAUGGCGGUGGCGUGGGACGAUUCCUUAUUUAACAUUAAGUUUGUUCGUGUUGUUGAAAGGCACCCGUGCAUUUGGAAUUUCAAUUUACAGGAAUAUAGCAAAAGGGAUACAACAGAGAAAGCGUGGGCGGAGAUCGCAGAAGAAAUAAACGAAACAGUAUCCAAUUGCCGCGAACGCUGGAGGAACAUCCGGACAGCGUUUCUUCGGUCACUGAAGACACCACCAGACAGAUCUGCGAAAAAUUCCAAAAAAAGAUAUUACUUAAGUAAGUACCUGCAGUUCCUAGUUCCAUAUACAAAAAGAAAAAAACUCUUCGGCAAUCUGGAAGCACAGGCUGAUUUUGAUUACAGUGAUCCUAUGGAUGAUGAAACUAAUCAAGUUGCAGAACUUCCUGAAGGUCUCGAAACAGACACAAAAGAUAAUGUAAGAACUCAGUCUCCAAAUCCAUCAAUUUCCUCACGUUAUGUGACAGAGGAAUCAGAUACUGAAGAAAUGAUACUGACUCAUAGUCAUCUUUAUAAAAAGAAACAAUUCUAUCAGCAAACAUCAUCAAAUUCAUCAAAAUCCACUCCGGAUGAUGAUGCUUCCAGAGCUUUCGUUGAAUGGGUCAAACAAAAAGAGAAUAAAAACAAUGCUGAAGAAAAUCCCAAUCUUCUUUUCUUACGCAGUUUAUUACCGGACAUGAUGAAAAUGACAGAGAAACAAAAUAGAAGAUUUCGCCAGAAAGUUAUCGGGUUAAUGGGUGAAAUACUUGAAGAUGAAGACAUUGAUAGACUGGCCUGUUCUACUUCUUCAGGAACUUACGCUACGACCAGUAUGCACUGAAGUGUACGCGAAGCCAUGGCUAAAACUAGAUUUUAUGUUAGAUUCCUAUUUGACAUGACCAACUUAUUAUCUCCCUCGGGAGAUAAACAGAGUAGAUAUUAUAAGGUUAAAAUACUUGGCUGCGUUUCGGCUCAACACGAGCCAUCAUCAGCAACUACAGGAACAACCAACCUACAACACAUUUUUUCUUCUUCUUCAGGUGCCAUCUCCGCUACGGAGGUUGCCAAUCAUCAUAGCUAUUUUAAUUUUUGAGGCAGUAGCUCUAAAUAGUUGUUUUGAGCUGCAUCCAAACCAUUCUCGCAGGUUCUUCAGUCAUGAAAUUCGUCCUCUUCCGAUGCUUCCUCUGCCAUCUAUCUUUCCUUGCAUUAUGAGUCGCAGGAUGCAAUACUUCUCGCCCCGCAUCACAUGUCCGAGAUACUGUAGUUUUCUUUCUUUAAUUUUAAGUUCAACUUCCUUCUCUUUACCUAUUCUUCUUAGUACUUCGUUGUUCGUAACUCUAUCUACCCAGGAAACCCUCAUAAUUCUUCUAUAGGUCCACAUUUCAAAGGCGUUAAGUCGUCUCAUUGUCUCUACAUUUAACGUCCAUGAUUCCACUCCAUAGUAUAGUACACUGUAUACGUAACAUUUUGUUAGACGUACUUUCAGAGCUAAUGUUAAAUCUUUGCUACAUAGGACCUUUUUCAUUUUCAUAAAAUUAGAACGUGCUUUUUCGAUUCUGACUUUUGAUUUCUGCAGUGCAGUUAUUAUUUUCUGUUAUCAGUGUUCCUAGGUAAGUGUACUUUUUUACUCUUUCGAUCUGCUGGCCCUCUACUAUCAAGUAGAGGUGUGUAUCACACAUUUUUUAUAUUAUUAAAAUAAGUGAAAAAAUUUGGAGAGACAACUCCCACCUCAGUCUAGAAACUUACCAACAGUAAGGGGCCAUCCAUUAAUCACGUGAGGCUCAAAAGGGGGGAGGGGUCUAUCAAAAAUCACGAAAUGUCACAAUACACGUGAUAUACAGGGACUUAAAACUCAUAAUGUAUCACCAAGGGGGAGGGGGAGUUAAAAAAUACCAAAAAAAACCUCACGUGAUUAAUGGACGGCCCCUAAGGAGAAAGAAUCAGUUAGGCUCGGUCCAAUUAAAAUACAACAUACAGAUUAAAAAUUAAGUAAACUUAAGAAAAAUUUCAGGUAAAGAUAA